CUGAUGCCGACCGGCGUCGUCGCCCUUUCCCCGCCGCCCGCCUUGCCCACCCUCCCAUUUUCAGACUAGUGCUAGCGUGAAGCUCCAGCUCCCUUUUGCAGCUCGAGCUCUUUGAGCGUCGUCCUCUCACAGACGAUGCUUUCCUUUCUUCCGAGCCAAUCCUCUUCAUUAUUUUCUCCUUUUGGUCGUCAGCGUCGUCUUUCCCCAUUGUCAGACGUCGGCGGUCGCGCACAUUGUACCACCGACGGCAGUAGCAGCGGUGGGCCCAGCAACAGCACAGACCACAGCGUCAGCGGGGACGUCGACGGUCCAAACAAAGACGACGGCGUCCGCGGUCCUCUGCGCGAAGACAAAGGAGUCCCCGUCAGUGGUGCACACGACGACGUUGCGGCAGCCUCUGACGCACUCGAAGCUAUGAGUCGCAAUGGCAACGCCCGCGCCGAUCAGGCCAAUCAAGUUCCCCCUUCCGCAGGGUCGUCGUCAGCUUCGUACCCAUCCCACGGCAGUGGCUCUGGCCUUUCACAUCCCAAUGGAGGGUCCGACUUUGUACCACUAGCUGGGCAGCAUCAGCAAGGUGAUCUCCCUCAACGAUACGAUGCGACUGCCUUUGCCGGCGUAGACGCAUCAGCGCAGCGUCGAGCAGCUAACUAUCCAGGCUACCCUACGUCUGUAUCCUAUGAGCAACUUCCAUCCUCGCAACUUCAGCACCUCACUCAGCAUCAACUUCAACACCAUUCCCAAUACCACAUGCAAUACGCGGCGUCCAGCCAGUUUGCUCCGCCAGGUUACGCGUCUGCGCCAGAGGGUGUCGUACUCGGUCCUGACGGCAUGCCUGCCGGCUCGCACAUCAUGUUUGGCCCCUCAUCUUCAUCGACUCAGCCGUCGUAUGGCCCACAGUGGGGUCAGGGAGCCUCAGCAGGAGGCAUUAGCGGCGCGUCCACUUCGGGCGGAGAUGGCUCGCAGCAGCAGGCUUACUAUUCUGCUACUUCUCAGCAGGGGGGGGACGAUGACCCAGAGGACGGCCACCGCAGUGCUUCGGGUCAUCGUGCCUCUAUCUCAGGCCCAGUCAUGGCACCACACUACAAUCCCGCGCCUCCCGAUGGUCUUCAGCAGCCGCAGCAACAGCAGCAUCAGCAAAACGCUGCCGGCAUUGCCGUCACCGGACCUCCCUUUGCUGAUCCCAUCACCGCUUGGGCGGGCUCGUCCGGUGGAAUUUCUCGUCCACACACAGCAGACGGCUUGUACGGCUCGACGUUUCUUGGCCCAAAUGAUUUGCAAGGUCAGUCGAAGCUGGUCCCAUCAUGUUCCGAACAAUAGCUGAUUGACGCAUCCACUGCAGGCGCCUACCAUCCACACCACCAACCACCUCCCCACACAGGCUAUAGAGAUCGGGCCUACACUGGACCUAGCUACCCAGGCGCACACCUCGCCAGCUACCCUCAGUACCACCAAGGCUUCCAGAGCGCUUGGGGAGCCGGCAACACGUCCGCCGACUACUCGAGCGCUGGCUCCCUUACG